AUCUACGCCAAUCCAGCCAAUCCAGCUACAAUCCAACAUCCAGCCGGGUGGAUUGCCGGUCUGGUUGUCUGGUUGGUCAGGUUGGUGUAGUCAGCGAGGUGAAAAUUCGAGCAACGUUUUCUCCUUUCAAUUGUUUCCCGAGUGUUUGGCGUCUCUUGUCAUGGAAGAUCAUGUUUUGACUGCCCUAGAAGACCUUCGUUACGAUGGACCUUUUGCUAACGAAGACGUGUUUACGAGGGAGAUCGAGGACUCAAAGUCGAUUAAGUUCACCGAACUCGUCUCAUGGCUUUCCGUGGAGCUCAACAAACUCGCCAACAUGGAGGACAGAGUCAACCCGAUCACAGAUGUCGAGGACUGGAACACGUUCUUGCUUGAGAUGAGUGCAUUCCUGAAGGAAACUCACUGUCCAAUCAAAGCCCUGACGGAUGGCUCGGUGAAUCAGCGACUCAUGUCCAAGGAAAACAGGCUGAUGUUGCUGGGCUUCCUGUGUGACGAGCUGCAGGCAGCACGCAUGAUCAAGGUGCUCAAGCCCGAGAGCAACGCCCUGCAGGUUGAGAUGCAAGAGUCGCCGACAGCCAAGGCCAUGAAGGGGAUGCUCAUGACCCUGGGCUUUGGGAAGCCUCCGCCCAACAUCACCCCAGCCCAGCUGUUCUCCAAGACUGAAACCAAGGUGCGUGAGCUGCUGCCCAAGGCCGGACCCGAUACGCUGGGCAAGCCCCUGUUCCAGGGGGGCCUGACGGAGAAACAGUGGUUUGCCCUGGCCAAGCUGCAGGCACAGAUGCAAGAAGAGUACCGCAUCCGCCGCGAGACGCUCAUCAAGCGGCUGGACGUCACCGUGCAGUCCUUCAAGUGGGGCGACAGGCUCAAGGGCAAGGAGGACAAGAUCAUGCAAGUGUACCAGCCGAGACGCCAGCUCAUGCAGGCGGAGCCUCGGGUUUCCUUGGGCCACGUCCUCGCUGCCAGGGAAGAUCUGCUGGCGAUUGAGAAGACGAGCGGAGCGGGGGUGCGCCAGAACACCAAGAGCGCCGUAAACCGGGUGCUGAUUGGCUCGGUGCCGGACCGGGGGGGCCGUCCUGAGGACCAGCAGCCCCCGCCCCCCGAGAUGCCCAGCUGGCAGAAGCGCACCGAGGGACCCCCGGGAGGUAGGGGAGGCGGCACCAGUUUCUCGAGCGGUCGCGUCCAAGGCGCCGGAUGGGACAACAACCAGCGCGGCGGCAGCGGCGGAUACGGGCAGCGCGACGGCCGUGGGGACGGCGGGUACGGCCGCGGAGACGGACAGAGGGACCACCAGGGCCGUGGGGGAGGGAGAGGGGGCUACGGGCAGCGGGACAACUACGGAGGGCAGCAGGGAGGCUACUACGGGCAGCAGGAGGGCUACGGAUACGACCGGCAGGAAGGGCACGGCGGAGGCUACGGGAGAGGAGGGGGAAGGGGCGGAGGCUACAGGGGAAAGAGGGGAGGGGGAAGGCAGGACAGGUGAUGCGUGCACGUGGAACCCUCGACGUUGUGUAGCUACGGCAGGACUAAGUUAAUGCAAAGCGGUGCGCGUGUGUGUGUGUGUAAGUUUGCGUGUGUGCUUGAAGUAUAGCUUGAAGAGAGAACUGUAAUGCUUGCAUGAUUGCCAUUUUUUUUUUUUUCCCCCCAAUAUGCAGUGUUGGAAAUAAAAGAAAAGCUGCUGGCCAGA